AAUCGUCUUCGUCGAUGCAAACAUUUUCGUACUACAACAUAUCACACUCCUGUAACUGUGAGAAAGUUAAUAUUCCUUGUGAGCAAGUUCUUCUAUAAAGUGAAAAGGGCUUUUCAUUUUGUCGGUUGUAUUCAAUCCAAAUCAGGAAAAAAUCAGCCGCACAAUUGCCCCCUUUGUAGGUUUUAUAUGGUAGAGCCCAAAACGACUGCUUUGAUUCGCAUUCGCUAUUGCAUUUUGUACGAACUCGAACAAGGAAAAUAUGCAACUAAAGCACAGGAAUCAAUUUGUAGUGUUCUUGGUGCCGACUUUGUGUCUUAUGAAACUGACACUUGCAGCUCAAUUAGAAGUCACCUAAGCAACCUUUCCAAGCGCUUACUCAAAAGUUGGGUUCCACGUAUGCUGGCCAAAAACAACCUAGGUCAAUGCAUGAACACAUGCAUUUCACUACUUGCCCGCUGGCAACAAAAAAGGACUUCUUGUGGAUACUUAUGA